CAAACUCAAAAAGUAAUCAUUUUGAAUUACUUCUACAAAUCUCAAAUAAUAUCGAUAGAAUCGAGAAUGUGUUACUUUGACAACCGGUGCGAUCAGAAUCUGACGGUGGUGAAGGUGGAUGUGGCGUGGUGGAUGGAGGCUGUUCCUCCACAGAUAAUUUCUCCGGCGAAGCCAUCGGUUUCUCCAAUUCUUGAGACGAUUUUAGAAGGCGGAGAGACCGAAGAAGACAAUCAAGAACAAGAUAACGAAGACGUGUAAAUUGUAAUGAUCGUUUUGUUACUCGGCCUUGGGUUUAAGAUAGGUUCUUGUUGUUAUUUUUCUGUAACUGUAUAAGAUGAGAUUUUGUAUUGUAUCUUUUGUACAAUCAAAUCUCUCUUCUUUGUGAAAUUUUCAUUCAACUUUCACAUCUUGUACGCUCGGUCAUCUGUUCCUAUAUGUUCACGAGUUGAUGAUAAUUAAAGUCUAAUCUUUAU